AUAGCAAACAAAGAAAGAAAGGGAAAGAUUCGGAGGAGCCGUGAGAGCAGCCCGUCGAGGAAUCACCAACAAGCACUCUAAGAAGAGAGAGAGAGAGAGAGAGAGAGAGAGAGAGAGCACUCUCAUUCUCAUAUCUCAAUUCAUGGCUGCCUCAGCUGCUCGAGCUCUCGUAUUCUCCCACCUCACCGACCUGUCACUCAAGCCCCUCCGCCCCAACCAAGCACCGGCCUAUCUAUUUUCCCGCCACCUUCUCGCCACCAGAAAACGCCGUCUCUCCUCUUCGGCCUCCAUCUUCAGCUGCCUUAUAUCCGGCGUCGAUGGUGGUGGCGUCUCCGACGACUUCGUCUCGACUCGGAAGUCCGGUUUCGACCGCGGAUUCUCAGUAAUCGCCAACAUGCUUAAGCGAAUCGAGCCAUUGGACACCUCCGUUAUCUCCAAGGGCAUUUCUGAUGCCGCCAAGGAUUCCAUGAAGCAGACCAUCUCCACCAUGCUAGGCUUGCUCCCAUCCGACCAAUUCUCCGUCACGGUUAGGGUUUCCAAACGCCCCCUCCAUCGCCUUCUCGUCUCCUCCAUCAUCACCGGGUAUACGCUGUGGAACGCUGAGUACCGUUUAUUGUUGACGAGGAACUUGGAGAUCUCGACUGAUAGUACGAAUAAUAGGUCGAAUUGUUCGGAGCGGCGCGAGAUUUCGGAGGCGGAGAAGGAGAGUGGGGAGGAUAGGGAUACUGAUAUGAGAAUUGAGGAUUUGAAAAGUAUAGGGCCUCAGGUUUUCGGGGAUUUGUCGCCGGAGGCGUUGAAUUAUAUUCAACGGUUGCAGUCGGAGUUGUCUGAUGCAAAGGAGGAACUUAAUGCCUGGAAGCAGGAAAAUUUGCCAAUAGAAAAUGGCAGAGGAAAUAGGAACAAUUUGUUAGAGUAUCUGCGUUCCUUGGAUCCUGAUAUGGUGACUGAACUAUCUCGUCCAUCCUCACUAGAGGUCGAAGAAGUUAUCCAACAACUGGUUCAAAAUGUAUUGCGUACAUUCUUCAAAGAAGAGAGGACUCCUGAUUUUAUGGGAGGUCCAAUCAAUGGAAGUACUGAGAAACACCCGGAUGGGGGUGAUGAAUUUUGUGGCACUAUAGGCACUUCACGUGAUUACCUGGCGAAGUUGCUUUUCUGGUGUAUGCUGCUGGGUCAUCACUUAAGGGGCUUGGAGAACAGGUUGCAUUUGAGCUGUGUUGUUGGAUUGUUGUGAAGAGAAGAAAGCGGAAAAUUUUUACCAACUUGCGGGACUCUAUUGGCGGUGGUGUACAGAAAGCAGGGGAUGCCUAAAGAAGCUGAGAACGCUACCCGACCCGAAUGCUCGGAGCAGCCAACCCGACCUUUUGUGUAUUAUAAUAACUUAUAUAUUUUUUUGCCACUUGUCAUAUUUUAAUAAGCUCUUUAAGGUUUUCUACCAAACCCAAUUUAAUCUUCAUUUUAUCAUUGUUCUU